CUCAGUUCCCCAUCUCUCCCAUUCUCACUCUCCCUUUGCCUGCUUUCUCCCCAUAUACCUACCGAGUUGGCCUAAACAUAAUUUAUUCUGUCAUUGUAAUUCCCAUCUAAUCCUGCCACCAUGUCUACCUUGGAAGACCUUGACGACCUCGAGCGUGAAGAGAGAGAGAAGAAGAAGGACCAGGGCGAUGGCAACGACCGAAAGCCCGAAGGCGACGGAGAUGCUGAUAUGAACGAUGCUGAUGUCAAGAAGAAAGAGGAGGAGGAUGAACUUCUCGAUGAUGAGAUUCUCUCUUCCAGCACAGCGGAUAUCGUCAAGAGGCGGCGAAUGCUGGAGAACGAACUGCGUAUAAUGAAGAGCGAAUACCAGCGGUUGACACAUGAGCAGAACACGAUGAGGGAGAAGGUCAAAGACAACCAAGAGAAGAUCGAGAACAACCGGCAACUACCCUACCUUGUCGGAAACGUUGUUGAGCUCUUAGAUCUUGAUGUCGAAGCUGAAGCCGCCGAGGAAGGAGCUAAUAUUGAUCUCGAUGCUACCCGUGUCGGCAAGUCCGCUGUCAUUAAGACCUCUACCCGUCAAACCAUCUAUCUGCCGUUGAUCGGUCUUGUGGAUCACGAGAAGCUCAAGCCCGGCGAUCUCAUCGGUGUUAACAAAGACUCAUACCUUGUCUUGGACACACUACCAGCUGAGUAUGACAACCGGGUCAAGGCCAUGGAGGUUGACGAGAAGCCGACGGAGAAGUACACGGACAUUGGUGGUUUGGACAAGCAGAUUGAGGAGAUUGUCGAGGCUAUCGUUUGGCCAAUGAAGGAAGCCGAUCGGUUCAAGAAGCUUGGCAUCAAGGCACCGAAGGGUGCUCUGAUGUACGGACCCCCCGGUACCGGUAAAACCCUUCUUGCCCGAGCCUGCGCCGCCGAGACGAAUGCCACAUUCUUGAAGCUUGCCGGUCCUCAGCUGGUACAGAUGUUCAUCGGUGACGGUGCUAAGCUUGUUCGCGACUGCUUCGCCCUUGCUAAGGAGAAGGCCCCCUCGAUCAUUUUCAUUGACGAGCUGGAUGCCGUUGGUACCAAGCGUUUCGACUCCGAGAAGUCCGGCGACCGUGAAGUGCAACGAACCAUGUUGGAGCUUCUCAACCAGCUCGACGGUUUUGCCUCCGAUGAUCGUAUCAAGGUCCUCGCGGCCACGAACCGCAUUGAUGUGCUGGAUCCGGCCUUGCUCCGUUCCGGUCGCCUGGACCGCAAGAUCGAGUUCCCCCUGCCUAACGAGGAAGCUCGCGCCAACAUUCUACAGAUCCAUUCCCGCAAAAUGGCCGUGGAUGAUGGGGUCAACUGGGCGGAACUGGCUCGCAGUACCGAUGAAUUCGGAGGUGCGCAGUUGAAGGCUGUAUGUGUGGAAGCUGGUAUGAUUGCUCUUCGUAAGGGCAUGAGUAAGGUGGGACACGAGAACUAUGUCGAUGCCAUCUCGGAAGUACAGGCGAAGAAGAAGGACACCAACAUGGGCAUCUAUGUUUAAGAAUAUCUUAUCUUUUUGCGUCACGAUAAAUUCCACGAUGUUUCUUCACCUCUUGUAAUCUGCCCCAGUAAUUACUACGUGAUGGUCUCCUUUUCAUCAAAGCAGGGCGC